UCUGUUUGUUGUCUGGAUCUGUUUGUUGUCCCUUCCUCUCUGGAUCGGUUUGUUGUCCCUCUUUCUCUGGGCAUGCUUGCUCUCUCUCACUUAUACAGCUCACAUGUUGAUCCCUGCCUUGCAUAGAAGCCUCUCUUUAUGCAUGACCCCUUAAGAUAUCAUGAACAUCAUUCAUUUAUGCCUAACAAAAGUAAGACAUAUGCUGUACAAAUGUAACUGAAAGCUUAAACAUUUACUCCUUAUUUUACCACUAACCUUCAUCAGACAUGCUGCCUCAGCCGUCAGCUUCUUUUCCUCAUUCUUGUCUGCUGUGUUUUGACAUGUAUUGUUAUUAAACUCAUAUUUUCAGUAACUCAAGGCUUAAUAUGUGAUUCAUCAGUUUAAGUUUUCAUUUGUUUGAACUGGUAAAAUCUUCCAUUUCUCACUGAAUUGGCCUUCGGCAGAGCUGCUGGCCCUGACUCUCUUGAAGAAUUUCCGUAUAUCCAUCUAACUUUAUUCCUUAGCUAGCCUACAGUUGAGAAAUUGAGGAUAAUACAAUGACAUUGUGAUCAACACUAUGUCACAUUUUCUACACAUGACCAACUGACCAAAGCAAUUGAGUAUGAAAAUAUAUGUGCAUGAUGUUACGUAAUCUGUCUCAUUUAUAGCAUGGCACAGCUAGCAAAACUACAUUAAAUAUAACGUUAAUUAGAUAUCAUCGCCACAUAACUUAUGUCGAAUUUAAAAGACACCGUUAACGUUACCGUCUAUUACACUGUAAUUUACAGGCAGCCUCACAUAAAAACGUAUUGGUUAACAACAUUUUGAUUAUGACCAAAGUCUAUAGUAGUCUAGCGACGUCCCUGUUUUCUAUAUACCACUGUUUACAUGAAUCGCGGAAGGUUGCCUGUUUUAGUCACGUCUUUGGUCACGUUUGAGUGGGUCAAACAAAAACACUCCAAUGAGUGGUUGAUAAUAGAGCCUCCCACAAUGGAGGUGAUGGCUGCAGGAUGAGAUUGGUGAAGAGCAAAUGCAGAAACUUCCAGUCAAAACGUGUUAUCCCUAUAACGCAAUAAGGCGGUGACCGAUUUAAAGUGACAAAAGUGAUCCGCUCGAACGCGCCCAUUCUGUAUUAUGACAAGUGACCCGUCUUGAAAACCGGAGCGUUUGAAAAUUGCGGGUGUGGCAACACGGAUGUCUAGAGACGAUACUAUACUGACUUCGCUUUUCCGCUCUGGUUUCCGAGAUUAUUACAAAUAUCGACGAACUUAUUUACAGCCAUAAUAGGCUUUGAAAUAGUCUUCAUUAACAAUUCUUUGGAUGAAAACCGGAACGUAAAAUUGAUGCAUGUGUGAAGCAGCUAGUGAAGAUGUGUCUCCCUGGUAUCUUCAUUGUUACCCUGUUGACCCUCUCAAUUCCUGCUGUCCAUGGUGGGAAAGUCCUGGUGUAUCCUCAAGACGGCAGCCACUGGAUCAACAUGAAGGUCAUUAUUGAAGCGCUGCAUUCAAGAGGUCACAGUGUAUCAGUAGUACGGCCAUCAGACAGCUGGUACAUCAAGGAAACCUCCCCUCACUACAGUUCAAUCACAAUUGAUAUUCCAGGUGGAGCUGAUGAGGAAUUCUUUAGCUCAUUUGUGUCGAGACAAAUACAGAUACAGAGAGAGGGAAAGUCUGCUUGGACUCGUUUUAGUUUGGACAUGGAGUUGAAGGACAGAUUUUCUGAAAUGCACCGCAGAGUGUGUGAGAUGGUAAUCCAAAUGUUAGAGAAUAAACAGUUGAUGCAGUCUAUUAGAGAAACCAAGUAUGACUUGGUUCUGACAGACCCAGCGAAUGGGGGAGGUGUUGUGCUGGCGCACUAUUUAAAUGUGCCCCUUGUUUUCAAUGUUAGAUGGACUAUACAUGGUGAGGCCCAUUUUGCUAUUGCUCCCUCUCCACUAUCUUAUGUUCCAUUUCCUGUUGCAGAGUUAACAGACAAUAUGAGUUUUUUUCAGAGGGUCCGUAACUUCCUUGUUUAUGUCAUCAGGCAGCAUCUGUACAAACAGACAGUGGGGCCUCAUUAUUCAGCUUUGGUUAGUCGUUACUUUGGUCCUGAGGUCGACUACUUCUCAUUGUUUCAAGCUGCUGAUUUAUGGCUCAUGAGAGUUGACUUUGUGUUUGAGUUCCCUCGUCCCACCAUGCCUAAUGUUAUCUAUAUGGGAGGGUUCCAGUGUAAACCUGCCAAGGCUCUUCCCCAAGAACUGGAGGAGUUUGCUCAGAGUUCUGGAGAGCAUGGAAUCAUUAUCAUGUCUUUGGGGACUUUAAUUGGACAAUUUCCACAUGAUGUAGCUGAUGAGAUAGCUGCUGCUUUUGCCCACCUGCCCCAGAAGGUCAUCUGGAGGUACAAAGGAGACAGACCAGCUACUCUGGGCAACAACACCUUACUAGUUGACUGGAUGCCUCAGAAUGAUCUUUUAGGACACCCUAAGACAAGGCUGUUUGUAGCUCAUGGAGGAACAAAUGGGAUUUUCGAGGCUAUCUACCAUGGUGUUCCAAUAGUAGGCCUUCCUCUGGUGUUUGACCAACCUGACAAUCUUUCUAGAAUGAAAGUGAAGGGUGUAGCAAAGGUUGUGGAUUUAGCAACACUAGAUAGAAACAUAUUCUCCCAAGCCUUACAGGAAGUUCUGAAUGAGCCGUCCUACCGGAUGAACAUGCAGAGACUCUCCAGGCUACACAGGGACGUGCCAAUGGAGCCCCUGGACACUGCCCUCUUCUGGAUUGAGUUUGUCAUGAGACACAAAGGUGCUGCUCACCUGCGUACUGAGUCCUACAGAAUGCCCUGGUACUCCUACCACUCUGUAGAUGUAAUGGUGUUUUUACUGGCUGUUGUGUUAUUUACUCUGUUGGCUUUCAUUGGCAUUAUCAGAUAUUUCUGUUGCAGGGCAUGUUUGAAAAUAAAAAUCAAAGAGGAAUGAUUAUGGAUUUCAUCUGUGCAGAGUGUGGUACAUACAAUAUCUAUACAGAGUGUGGUACAUACAAUAUCUAUACAGAGUGUGGUACAUACUUGUUUUCUCACUCAUACUUUUUGUUCACAUGACAUAUGUAUGGCAUUUAUGUAGGCAUACAGUAUUGUUGACAGAUUUUGUCUAAAUAAACAACUGCACAUUAACUGUUCAGCCCAUUUAAUCAAAAGUCUGAAUAGGAAAGUCCAAAUGUGCAUUUUAAAAUGUAUGCUGUUAACGUUGUGUGUAGCUGCUUUCUUUGUGUGUAAUAGUUAAACUGAUGUAGAUGUUUAUUCUCCAGAAGACCGGUAAGGAGCUCAAACUUUUAAUAAAGAUAUCAUGCAGCUUAGAUGUUUGGGAAAAACA